CAGGCGAGUAACUGGGGGUUAGAUAACUGCGCUAUGGAGUGCUCAGCUGCAGGCGGAGAAGGAGAGCAUAGAAACGCAAGAACCGUGCCGGAGCAGCAGUCGCGGCCGUUGAACAGGGGCAAGAAUUGAGGCAAAACGAACCCUAGAAGAAGCCACGGGGACGAUGAUGAAGAUAAACGCAAGAUUUUAGAAAUGUAUAGUCAGAUUAACCCAGUAAGUAUUAAGCACGGCCGUUCAAAUGAAAUUGUUUUCCCAACUUGUCAAGAUUCCUACCAUUCUCAAAAAGCCUCUUUUACCUCUCUUCAUUUCUUCAUCCUCAACCCACUCCUCCGCAUUACUUAACUCUAUGGACCUCAGACCGCCUGAAAUCAUCAAUAACAGCAGGUUCUGGCCACCAAGCUUGUGAAGGCGUAUGGUGAUUUGGGCUCUCUCGAAACUGCCCGCGAUGUGUUUGAUCAAUUUACCAAGCCAGAAGUAUUUCUCUGCAAUGCUAUGAUGAAUGAGUUUCUUAAAAGGGGACAACACUCUGAGGUGGUCGAGCUGUUUCAGAUGAUGGGUGUGCUAGAAUCGAGACCUGAUAGUUGCACUUGCACGUUCGUGCUCAAGGCGUGCAGUGCCUCACCAGAGUAUUAUGAUGUUGGGAUGGAAGUUGUUAGAAGGGGUGUGGAUUGUGGGAUGCAUAAUGAUCGAUUCUUUGGGAGUUCAAUGUUAAGUUUCUUGGUGAAAUUUGACCACAUUGAUGAUGCCUGGGAAUUAUUUAAUGAGAUGGAGAAUAAGGACAUUGCAUGUUGGAAUUCAAUCAUGGGAGGCUAUGUGAAAACCAAUCAAUUUGGUAUGCAGGGCGAUGGGAUGUAUAAAAGUGGGACAAUGCUGUCAUGGACUUACAGUUCAGUUGGGAAUGGGAAAUGAUGUCAAAGUGCUAACUUCCUUGAUCAAUAUGUAUAGUAUGAUGGGUGACCUUGAAACUGCUUCUCUUGUUUUUGAUAGAAUGCCUACUAGGACUCUGGUGUCGUGGAAUGCAAUAAUCUCAGGAUGUGUUCGGAAUGACUUGGUUCCGAAAUCACUUGAAUAUUUUCAUGAAUUAGUUUGCAAUGGGAUUGGUUUUGAUUCUGCAACUCUUGUUAGCCUCCUUCAUGGUUGUUCACGAGUGGCUGAUAUGGCAAGUGGAAAGAUACUCCAUGCUUAUAUCUUACGGCGGUGCCUAGAAUCAAGUAACAUUCUAUCUACGGCUCUUCUGGAUUUAUAUGGAAAAUGUGGAGAACUCACGAAGGCCAAUUAUCUGUUUUCCACAAUGAAAGACAAAAAUGUUAUUACAUGGACUGCUUUGCUCGUAGGACUAGCUCAAAAUGGAAAAGCAGAGGAUGCAUUGAAGUUAUUCCACCAAAUGCAGGAAGAGAAUGUUGCUGCCAAUUCCGUGACUCUGGUUGGUCUAGUCUAUUGUUGUGCUCAUUUGGGGUCCAUGAAGAAAGGGAAAAGUGUUCAUGCUAAUCUAGUUCGUUUAGGAUAUGCUCUUGACAUUGUUAACAUGACAGCUUUAAUUGAUAUGUAUGCCAAGUGCGGCAAAAUAAGCUUAUCUGAGAGGGUUUUCAAUAUUGUUUCCGAUUCUGGAGAUGUUGUUUUGUUCAAUGCUAUGAUAACAAGCUAUGGCAUUCAUGGUUUUGGGAUCCAAGCUAUAAACAUAUAUGACCGAAUGGUGUAUCAGAGGGUCUCUCCAAAUCAAACCACAUUUGUUGCUCUUCUGGCAGCAUGCAGUCACUCUGGGCUUGUGGAAGAGGGUAUCUAUUUAUUUGAGAAGAUGAAAACAGAGCAUAAAAUGAAGCCAUCUGAGAAGCAUUAUGCUUGUUUUGUUGAUCUACUUAGUAGGGCAGGGCGUCUUGAAGAUGCAGAAGAAUGUAUUAAAAAAAUGCCAUCUGAGCCCGGCACUGCUGUUCUUGAAGCCUUACUCAAUGGGUGUCGUUACCAUAAAAACAUGGACAUAGGAUUGAGAACUGCUGAUAAAUUGCUUCACCUAGACUCCACAAAUCCUGGUAUAUACGUUCUGCUAUCAAAUAUAUAUGCCCAAAUCAAGAGAUGGGAUGUGGUAGAUUAUAUUCAAAGCAUCAUGAGGGCUCACAGAUUAAAGAAAAUUCCAGGAUAUAGUUCGAUUGAAAUACAAAACCAGGUCCAUACGUUUUUUGCAGGGGAUGAUUCACAUUUGAACUGGGAAGAAAUUCAUCGGUUCUUAGAAGCUUUAAGAUCAGAGAUAGAGGCUUCUGGGUAUGUGCCUGAUACUAGCAGUGUUCUGCGUGAUGUUGACGAAAAGAUGAAAGUGAAAUUACUGUGGGGUCAUAGUGAGAGAUCAGCAAUUGCAUUUGGGCUUUUGAGCACCGCGCCCGGAAGUGUGAUUCGCAUAACCAAAAAUCUCCGGGUCUGUAAUGACUGCCAUAUGGUAACAAAACUCAUAUCACAGAUAGUACAAAGAGAGAUUAUUGUGAGAGAUGCCAAUCGAUUUCACCACUUCAGGAAUGGGAAAUGCUCUUGUUGUGAUUACUGGUGAUUAAGGCUGCUACCAAAUCAAGCUUUUGGUGGUCAUAAUAAUGUAUGGCAAAAUGAGAGUUUUGUGACUUGGAUUUGACUCAAGCAAGUCGAGUACUAUAUCGAGUUUGGCUCAUUUGCUAUCCUAAACGAUCUAAGCGCGAGCUAGCCUUAACAAAGAGCCUAGCUCGUUUCAUGUAACAGUACUGAGAACUGUUGGUGAUUGUGUGCAUCAAUUGUCUCGUGGCGGAGGUUAUGUUGCCAAGUCACACUCGAAUGUCUUGGGCGCUUGUGUGUGUUG